AAGAACCCGUCCAAAGUGGUGCUCGGUACAUUCGUAAUUUUGCUGGUAAUUGCAUUGGCUGUAAUUCUCGCGGCUGUGAUUAUGUACUCAGAGAGUGUUAGCUAUACAGUCAGCAACGUGGACAAUAUUGAUAAAUCCAUUGAAGACGUUAGCAACGAUGUUACCAAAGUGAUCAGCAGCGCUGUGACUGGUACAAGCUGUACGCUGAAUCAUACUCUAACAAAACUGUUCGGUCAAAUAAAGGCACUGAUUCGGCAUAUUCCGUCCAAAGUCAAAGAGUCUUUGGGCGAUCUUUCUGGAUUUAAAAUGAUUGAUUCAAUACAAAGCGAUUUUGACAGCGUGAGCCAAGCAUUUGAAGAAACAAUCAAAUCAAUGGAAAUGACAAGAGAAGAUGCGGAACAGAUACCAUCGGAACUGGGUUCACAACUCGUCUCCGACAUUACUGCAAUGAUUGAAACGACUCAAAAAGCUUCUAAGGUAUUCGAAUAUACACAUUAUAGCAACUGCUUAUUGGGCUGA